AUGGCCGCCAAUCGCCCUGACCUUCCCCUUCCUCCUCCUAGUGAGCCCUCCCAAUCCAACCAACCACCGCCUCCUCCGCCGUCGCCGUCGCCGGCGCCGCUCAUUCUCCCAUCUCCGCCGCAAUCUACUCCCCCUAACCCUACUCCAACUCCCACUUCAACAACAACAACAACUACAACUCCUACCUUCACUUUCAUAACUCCGAUUCCGAUCCCAAAUUCGAUCACAUCUUCCCAGCUUCUGCCAGCAGCUGUCACCACCACCACCGCCGCUGCAACUACAACAACCACUCCCUGCUCCUCCCCGACCUCCCCUUCUUCCGGGAAGCACCCGGCGUACAGGGGGAUCCGGGCCCGGAGCGGGAAGUGGGUCUCGGAGAUCCGGGAGCCCAAGAAGACGACCCGGAUAUGGCUGGGAACCUACCCGACCCCGGAGAUGGCGGCCGCGGCGUACGACGUCGCUGCGCUGGCGCUCAAGGGUCCCACCGCCCCGCUCAAUUUCCCCAACUCCAUCAUCUCCUACCCUAUCCCGGCCUCCCCUUCCGCCUCCGACAUUCGCGCCGCCGCCGCCAAGGCAGCCCUCGCCCGCCUGCCCAAACCGGUUCCCGUUGCCAGUAGUACCGCUGAUCAUCCGCCCGCCGCCUCCUCCUCCUCAUCCUCCGUGGAGAAGGAGGAGGAGGAGGAGGAGGAGUUCAUGGACGUGGAUGAGCUGCUGAACAUGCCGAAUCUGCUGGUGGAUAUGGCCGGAGGGAUGAUGGUCAGCCCGCCCAGGAUGGAUACGCCGUCGUCGAUACAUGAUUCGCCGGAUAAUUCGGAUGCCGGGGAUUCGCUCUGGUCGUAUCACUUGGGAAAGUGAUCAACACACACAAGGAAGAAAAGGAAAUUAAAAAAAAAAAAAAACAACAACACGUCCCACCCGAUUAUUGUUUAAUCUAUAUUUACGAUGGUAAUAUAUAUUAUACUUAUAGAGAUCUCUCUAUAUAUAUUUAUAUUUAUAUUCUUCAACAUGUAUGCUACUCUCUGAUUUGUUUUCUUCGAUUUGUUUUCUUUAUUUCCGUUUCUUGUUUUCGCCCUGCCGGGUAGGGUUGAUUACCGGUCCAGCCCGCUGCUAGGUAAUUAGUUGGACGGAUCAGGUGACGGCCGGCGGGAAUCAUAACCAGCAGCUGCGUGAUCAGUUGAUGGCUUCUCCUUAGUUUUCUUCCCCUUUGGUAAUUUUCAGAGUGAUCACAUAUUGUUUGUCCCUAGGGGGGGGGGGAUCUAGCUAGCAAGCUAGCUAGCUGCUCCUUAAUGAUCAAUUGACGACAAAUUUGCC